GUUUUGUCAGUGACGGAUUAAUGAAACUAUAUGGUUUUGUCAGGUCACGUGAGUUUAGUCAGGCAUCAUUACCGGCCGUCAUAGAACAUAAAAAUACAGUUUGGAAAGGAAGUAUUUACGAUAUGGUAGAAAAAUGGUGUAGUUAA